CUGAAAAACUCACAGAGGAGCAAGCAUUUUUGUUCACUAUGAUGGCGUUGAGGCUGCUUCUGUCCUGUGUUCUUCUUACCCCAGGGUUCAGUGCUGAGAUCUCUGUGUUUGUUCAGACGGGAGAUUCUGUUCAGCUUGAAAUACAGACACAAGAACUACCAGAGUUUGAUGAUUUAUCCUGGAGUAAUGAAAAAUCUGAGAAUAUAGUAACAUAUACAAGUGAAACUAAAAGAGUUAGACUCUACAAGGACAGAGUGGAUUUCAAUAAUAAAUCCUUCUCUCUGACACUGAAGAACACACAGAAGACAGACAGUGGACUCUACACAGCAAAAACAAGUGGAGAAUCAAACAAGAAUAUUGUAACAUACAGAGUAUCUGUUAUGGAUGCAGUGGAAGCUCCGGUCUUGACUGUAAACUCAAACUCAUCCAGUCCUGACCCUUGUAACUUUACAUGCAAUGGAAGUAACAUUAUCAUCAGCUUCAUCUAUAAUGGUAGCAGAUGUUCUCCAGAGGAAGUGUCAUCCUCUGAUAACUACAACCUAAGACUGAACUGCACUUGUGACUCCAUCACGUGUAACUACAGCAACCCAGUGAGCUGGAAGAAUGACACAAAAAAGGUUAAUGAAAUCUGCACUGUUAAAAAAGGACACCAUGAAGCAGCAACUGUGUUUCCCCUUUGGGUCCUUGUUAUUUGUCUAAUCACAUUGGCAUCGGCAUCGGCAGUGAUCGGCUUCUGUAUAUACAAGAGGAAAAAAGGCACCCAGACGAAUGAACAAACAAUCUAUGCAGAAGUUGACGAUAUCAUCAAGCCACAAAAGUCACUGGAGAUGUUGGAGAAAUCAGAGUAUCCUCAGACAGUGUAUGAUACCGCUGGAGAUUCAGGACAGACUGAUGUUACCAACCACACCACACCCAACUAUGACCCUAUGAGUCAGAGUGGAUCACUCACAGACAAGAGCAAGCCAAUGACUAUCUACUGUGCUAUUCAGCAGCAACCAAAACCCCCCAAAACUGAAAUUGAUCACACUAUUUAUGGUGUGGUUAAUAAACCAUCAGCCAAAUAUGAAUCUGCACAUCCACAAUCAGAAUAAAAGUGCACUUUUAAUGAAGCUGAACCCUUUAGCAAUACAGGACGUUCAGGAAGAUAGUUUUAUUCUAAGUGUAAAUAAGCAGAAUAUUUGUGAUAUGCAAUGUGCUGUUGUCUUUAAAAAAGAAAAAAAGAAAAGAAAAAAAACCUGCACUUAGUCUUCCAACAUAAGUUACAGCAGAAGCUCCACCACAACUUCUCUUUACAUCUCUCCUCCUCUUAAAGUACAAGCCAACACAACUGAGGGGUUGUGAAUAUGGGUUAUAAUGGUUCAGGUACAUUUGUGCAAUAGAAUAUAUUCAUCAGAAAAGCACAAAAAUGUGCAAUGCAUGAGCACUCUACAUUUUGUUGUAGCAGACACUUAAUAAGACAGGCUACAUUAAUGCUAAAUUACAUAAAGCUGCACAAGCAGUAGUGAAUGAAUGUCUUUUUUAUUGUAAAAUUGUUGUACAUGGCUUAAACAGAAAUGCAAAAUCUCAUGUGUGUUCUGUAGAUUCCGUUGGAGAUUUCACCUCCUCUGCAGGCAACACCUGAGAACCACUUCCUGUAAAGUAUGUGUCAAUCUAUAAGAGUUAUUUUUAAGGGUGGCAGGGGGUUCAUUUGCCCAUUGGCUUUUUGUAUUCAAUAAUUUAUUUAUUGAAUAGGUCUGUGAUUGCUGUUCUGUUUCUUUUGGUUUUGUUUCUUUUUCUUAAGUUAUUUUAUUUUAGUAUAAACGUAUUAUUAUUAUUUACUCUGUUGUGCAGCUAGAUGUAAUUUAGCAUUAAUGUAGCCUGUCUUAUCAAGUGUCUGCUCCAAAAAAUGUUAGAGUGCUCAUGCAUUGCACAUUUUUUGUGCUUUUCUGAUGAAUAUAUUCUAUUGCACAAAUGUACCUGAACCAUUACAACCCAUAUUCACAACCCCUCAGUUGUGUUGGCUUGUACUAUAAGAGGAGGAGAGAUGUAAAGAGAAGUAGUGGUGAAGCUUCUGCUAUAGCUUAUGUUGACCGUUGCUAUGGACGCGGAACGGACUAUUUUUUUUAGCGGAAGCAAUAGAAUCGUUUUUAUAAUCAAUAAAGUCAUUUUUAAAUCAAUAUUUUGUGCAAUGUAAUAAGCGGGAUCAUGUAUAGCGAGGCGGUUGUUAUAGUGAAUAACAACCCCUUCAGGCUGAUUUUUCACCAGCAAUGACUGCAAACUCAUCUGUUGGCCGCUCAUCGUGUUCAAAUCGUCCCUCACGCUAGCAUUUCUUCUAAUUACAUGACAGUUUACUAGCAUGGGUGUGGAUCAGAAGGCAUUUGCAUGUGGAUAAGCAAGGCGAAAAAUUAGUGCCAAAAGUCACGUGACAGUUUUUCCUACUUGUAGAAAUGUGUUUUGUACUCGAAGCUUUUUUUUUAAAU